GAAAUCUACUCUUGCAUUUUGAGGAAUGUUUUACUGCACGGACCGGAAGUUGUAGUGAUACGCCAAAGCGGUGUCACAUUGAAGUCACUAGCUGCCCGUGCAGUGGCUACCAAUUUGAUUUGGCCAAUAAGGGGAUCAUCACAAACUUCUCCGAUGACGUCGUGUUAAAGAUUAAACAUGUUAUUCUCCAAAGUUGCUGCUCGGUUAAGUCUGGUAUCCAGGCUCAGUGGUUCAGUUCAACACCAAACACAGGCACUGUGUGCCCCCCUGGGUCGCACUCUAACAUCACGAUGCCAGACUUCACCCCUCUCCCUCACACAUCGACACUGCACCUCGGCAGCAGACAACAAGCACCCACCUAAGCUGUGGACGCCCCUGGAGCCAGAGCUAGAGGAAGUCCUGGUUCCUCGCAAGCUUUCCGUGUCUCCCCUGGAGAGCUGGCUCUCCCUGCGCUACUCCCUGCCUCCGAUCGUGGAGGCUGCUCAUCCCCUGGAAGAUGCGGAUGUGAUAGUGGAGGCAGUCGUGCUACCCCCAGCCACAUGCCCAGUGCAGGAGGCGGAGGAGGGCAACUCUCCGCUCAGCUGCAAGAACGUGCUGGAGAUUCGGCGGAGGAAGAUGAAUCGGCACAAGUACAAGAAGCUGAUGAAGCGCACCAAGUUCCUGCGGCGGAGGGUGAAGGAGGGCCGGCUGAAGAGGAAACAGUCACGCUUUGAAAAGGACCUAACACGAAUCUGGAAAAGGGCUGGAUUGAAAAAGGCACCGGAAGGAUGGACUAUGCCCAAGAUAUUCACCAAGCAAUAUUAGUGUCUGUCUCCAAAAGGACACUAGUGUAAGCUUCGUGUGUCCUCGUCAUCUGGUUUUUACUUGACUUGUCAACAUCAGUGUCAUCGUGGACCUCUGUUCCUCCAGCCAAGACUGAUGUGGAACGGACUGAUCACUGGCUCUUGCUGGAACUUUUAACAACACAAUAAAGAAAAUGUGACCCAUC